UAUUGAGUUAAAUCAACAUACUGAACAAAUUCAAUUAAUUGAGUCACAUCAACAUCAAGCUAUUGAAUUGAAUCAUGCUAUUGAGUUGAAACAAGUUAUUAUAUCAAAUCAAACUAUUGAAUUGAAUUAA